UCAUACGUAAGCAGUCAGUGGCCUUCAUCAACCCAAGAAGAAGAGGCAGGUGAAUACGGCGCAAGUUGCGGUGCUCUAUAAAUCCCCAACAACAAACAAACUGCGCGUUUGAAAAUAAGAGCAACAGAAUUUACCAUGACAGAAGACCCAACAAGUCUCAAAAGUGUUCUAAGUGCUUUGAGCAGCAGUGAGAAGUUGAAACACUGGCAUAAACCUCCGCAGGAUUAUGGACCAGAUAAUCCUGAGGACUCUGAUUAUAAUAGGAAUGGUUUGAAAGAUGUAGGAGACUUAACCAGUAUAACCAUCUCGCCUGGAUUUUCAUUUGGAAAUGCCAAUGAAGAUGAAGAUUCCAAACCUCUUGCCACUGAAGCUGAGAUUACCCAUGAUGCUUUUGCUUUCACAAUAGACCCAAGUGAGGAGUUGGGUGAAGAGUAUCGGUGUGAUUCACUGAUAUUAGCAAAGAGAGCUCAAGAGCAGUAUCAAAUAAUGCAGCAACUUGAAAAUAUGUCCCUUGAGGAAGAGUGCAAACAAGAAUUUCAAAAAAGAAUUAAAGCACGGUAUAGGGAGUAUGUGAGUAAAUUAUCUGAGAUUCAUGCUGAACACAAUAAUAAAAUACAACAGUACUAUCAGAAGAGGAAUGAGGAGCUAGCACAUGAGGAAUACCGUCUUCGACAACAACAAGAGGAUGUCAUCGAUGCUGUUAAAAAAUGCAAUCAUGAAUACAGUCAGUAUGUAUCAGAAAGAUCAUCUUGGUUACUGGGUGUUGUGGAGGAUGCUCGACGUAAGGAAGCCGAACAAGCAGAUCUCAGGAGAGCACUUGUGAAUCACUUGCUUAAUACAAAGGAAACUUACAUUGUUAAGCUAACUCAAAUGCAUCAGUUACUCAGAGAAUUUGAGGGGACUGAAUCCUUGGACUCCAAAACUGAGUCCCUCCUAAACCAAACUGUGACUCAAGUAGAGGAUGUUUUAAAUAAUGCCACUCAGAAUACUGUAACACAAAAGCAACUUAAUGAAGCUCAAAAUUCUCUUCAAAUGGGACUCAGUUGUGUAGAUACAAUUAUUCAAACACUCAAUACUAAAAAGGAAGAGAGAGCCAAGUUGGAAACAGAGAGAAUAAAUCAAGAAGCUGAAGAAGCAAAGUUGAAAGCUGCUGCUCAGUUGGAAGUGGAAAAGCAAAAAGCUUUAAGAGAAGAGAUGGAAAAACUUGCUAAUGAACAGAUACAGGAGGGAGGAUAUGACAUAGUUGCAAUGAUGGCUGGAAAGAACAGAUUAGAAGACUUCAAGAGCAAGGUGGGAAAUUUUUUGAAUACUGUUGACAUAAUGUCACAAAAGUACCCAGAGAUGCGUAUGGAGGUGCAUCGAGCCACUAGUGUCAUCAACCAGCUUAAUUUAACCGAUAACAGAGUGAACAGAGAAAAAUUGCAGAAGUUAAUAUCCUUUCUGGCUGGCAGAGAUUUUGGACCAGGCAAAGCCACGACUGACACUGAUCCAGUUAUACUAGAGUAUGCAAAGAACCACGUGAUAAGUAGCAUAAUAAAGUUUGGCACUGACAGGCAAAAAACUGGCAUGGGUGUCUAUGCAUGGUUGUUAGUAAACUUGAUUUUAGUUUUUCCAGAAAUGUGGGAUCUUUUCUUGUAUCAUUUGUACAUUUCAUGUCCCUAUUUGAUACCUAUAAAACCAAUGCAGAUCGUUGGACAAAGUGAAGAAGACUUCAAUAAAACAAAAGGCAUGAAAGCUAAUGAGAAAUCAGAUGCACAUAUUGCUCGCAUGGGUACUUCUGCUACAAUAUAUGGAAUAGUUUUGGGCAUGAUAAGUAAAAAGCGAGAGAUUCCCAUAGCAGCUCCAGUAAUAGGGUGGGAGCUCUUAGCUAAGCUUCUCUCCUUAACACCUACUUCUGGUGUCACAGCAAUAAUUCUUCGAAAUUUUUUGGAGGCUGCAGGUUUUAGCCUUCAGGAGGCAUAUGGUAAACAGUUUUUAAAACUCAUGGAUUUCCUAAAUAAUGUAUAUAUGAAUAAGAUUCAGGAAGUCACAGAAGGAGCAGGAUCACAAGGCCUGAGUGUGCUGCAGAACUUUAUGGAAGCAUUUAAGACUACACACAAAAUUCAACAAGAUAAACAUGUUGCAAAUUUUUAUUAAAAAAGGUGCUCAUACUUCUAGAUAUACACACACUCAUUGUGACUGUUCAGUUAUUACUUAAGUUUGACAGGCAAUUUCUGCAAAUUGUAUAAAAAAUUAUGUACUGUACAUCACAAAUUUAUAGAGGUGAACACACAAAUUGGUAUUAAGGAGGUUGUUAAAAUCACUUCCUUUCUGGAAAAUAUAUGAUUAGCAUUAUUUAAUUCAUCAAACAUUGCUGCACACACACUGCAGCAGAAAAUUUAUUAAAUGUCACCAAUGAUUUAUGAAUUUCAGUUUUUCAGAGUGAGUUUAGACAUUUAGUAGAGGGGCCCCAACUUGUUAAUGCAUUCCUGAAUUAUUAUUAUUAUCAAUUAUUAUUAUAAUCAAAAAGAAGCGCUAAGCCUAUUAUUAUCAAGACCAAGCGUUAAACCCACUAGGGUCAUACAACCCAUGCAUUCCUGAAAAAUUUUUAUAAAUUGAAUGUUCAGAGCUCUGAACUUAUAUUUUCACAAUGUAUUCCUGUGCCAUAAUAUUUGGUAUCUAAUUUCAUUUUUAAACUAAUAAUAUAUGUCCAAUACAUGUCCAGUACAUUUUUUUUUUUUUCAACAAACCAGCCAUGUCCCACCAAGGCAGGGUGGCUUAAAAAGAAAAAUGCAAGUUCUUCUUUUUAAAUUUAGUAAUUUAUACAGAAGGGGUUACUAGCUCCUUGCUCCCGGCAUUUUAGUUGCUUCUUACAACUUGCAUGGCUUACGGAGGAAGAAUUCUUUUCCACUUCCCCAUGGAGGUAAGAGGAAAUAAAGACCAAGAACUGUUAAGAAAAUAGAAGAAACCCCAGAUGGUUGUAUAAAUAUAUAUGCACGUACAGUGGGCCCACCCUUUUCAUCAAUCUCCGUUAUUGCCGAUUUUUGUUUUCGUCAACUUUUUCCGUCAAUAUUUUGGUUCCGUUUUCGUCGAUUGUACGGAACCUGUCCAGUGCCCAGCACACAGAGAAAGCCGUCUCCCACACACAUUCUCAGGCAGUGUCGCGUGUUUCUUGGUGAGUGAACAUACCCUGCCAGGUCAUAUGAAACAUUUUUUAAUACAGUGGAACCUCAUAUAUCGAACUGCUCCCAACCCAGCCAGUUAUGUAAGUGUAUUUUUGUAAGUGCUUUUAUAAGUGUAUUUUUGAGGGUCUGAAAUGAACUAAUCUAAUUUACAUUAUUCCUGAUAGGAAUAAAUUCGUUCAGUAACGGCACUCGAACAGCCAUCUUUAAUGAAGAAAGUUCGAUAUUUGAGGUUCCACUGUAAUCCAUUGUUUUUGGCACUUCUUUAUUGUGUGUGACUGCUAAAUAAGCCACCAUGGCCCCAAAGAAAGCUCCUAGUGCCAGUUCUUUGGUAAAGAAAGUGAGGAACACUGUAGAAAUGAAAAAAGAAAUUGUUCAAAAAUAUGAUAGUGACAUACGCAUUGCUGAACUCGGCAGGAUGUAUGGGAAGGUGCCAUCAAUGAUCAGCUCCAUUGUGGCAAAGAGAAAAGAAAUCAUGGAAGCUGAUGUUGCGAAAGGGGUGAAUGCGAUAAGCAAACAGAGAUCCCAAACAAUUGAAGAAGUGGAGAAAUUGUUGGUGUGGAUCAGAAAGAAAGAGUUAGCAGGAGAUAGUGUUAUGUAGUCAGUAAUUUAUGAAAAGGCAAGGCAGUUGCAUGAUCUCAUAAAAAACUGCCUGAAAUGAGUGCUGAUGUUGGUGAAUUUAAGGCCAGCAAAGGCUGGUUCGAAAAGUUCAAGAAGCAAAGUGGCAUACACAGUGUUGUAAGGCAUGGUGCAGGUGCCAGUUCUGAUAAACAAGUGGCUGAAAAAUUUGUGCAGGAAUUCAAAGGUUAUGUAGAGGCUGAAAAAUUCCAACCCCAACAAGUGUUCAAUUUUGACAAAACAGGCAUGUUUUGGAAGAAAAUGCCAGAGAGGACCUACACACAGGAGGAAAAGGCACUCCCAAGACAGGCUAACUCUCUUGUUGUGUGGUAAUGCUAUUGGGGAUUUCAGAGCGAAGCCUUUACUCGUGUAUCACUCUGAAAAUCCCGGAGUGUUCAAGAAAAACUGUUGUCAAGAGUAAAUUGUGUUUGAUGUGGAAGGCUAACAGUAGGGCAUGGGUCACUAGGGAAAUUUUCCUGGAAUGGCUCAAUGAAGUGUUUGGCCCGAGUGUGAAGAAAUACCUCCUGGAUAAUAAAUUGCCACCCAAGUGCCUGUUGUUAAUGGACAGUGUUCCUGCACAUCCUCCAGACUUGGAAGACCAAUUGUCUAGGGAAUUCAGUUUUGUAACAUUUAAGCUCUUGCCUCCAACACCACUCCUCUCAUCCAGCCCAUGGACUAGCAGAUCAUUGCAAACUUCAAAAAACUGUACACCAAAGCAAUGUUUCAAAGGUGCUUUGACAUAACCUUGGACUCUGAAUUGACCCUAAGAGAGUUCUGGAAGAAUCACUUCAAUAUCUUCCACUGCAUAAGCCUUAUAGAUAAGGCUUGGCAGGGAGUGACUUCCAGGACGAUGAACUCUGGUUGGGGAAAACUGUGGCCAGAUUGUGCCCAAAAGAAGGAUUUUGAAGGGUUUGAGGCUGACCCUGUCGACCCUACACCUGCUGUGCAAUCAAUUGCGACAUUGGGGAAUUCCAUGGGGUUGGAUGCGAGUGGCGAGGAUGUGGAAGAGUUGAUGGAGGACCACAAUGAAGAGCUAACCACUGAUAAGCUGAAAGAGCUUCAUCUGCAACAGCAACAGACCACAGCUCAGGAAAUUGCUUCAGAAGAAGAGGAAGAGAGAUGGAAGAAGGUGCCUUCUUCAAAGAUUAAGGAGAUUAGUGCAGUGUGGACUAAGUUGAAAUUAAGACAUAUGUGCAACAUCUGGGUAUCUUUAUUGUAGACGUUUUGCCAGCCAGUGGCUUUAUCAAUACAAAUUCCAGGACAUAACUUGAAGACAGUAGAACUAUGUACAGAAGAUGAGGUAAUCAGUCCCUCAACCUUGGAGUUGAUGCGAAGAGCACCGUAGUCGUGGAGAUUCUGAAUCGGAAGCAAGACGCCUGACGCUUAUAUACUAACAUCAGGUGGAAAUGGGACAUGUAGCAGACGAGGGCAUAGUCACUGGAUAAAGAGACCCAGAUGUUGCACAUAUGUCUUUAUUUCAUCUUGUCGGUAAUGUAUACCAUUCUUGUACAAUGUGGACUAAAGUGCAUUCAUUUGUGGAAGAACAUCACCCUGAGAAAGCUGUUGCAAUCCGUGCUGGUGACUUUUACAACGACAAUUCCAUGUCCCAUUUUAGGCUAAUCUUAGAAAUGCCAGAAACAGAGCACUCUGGACAGCUAUUUUGUGCGACAGGGGUCCAGUGACUCUCAAGUUGGUACUAAAAAGCAAAGGAGGGAAGUGACCCCAAAUAAGGAUGUGGUGCCUAGUCCCUAUGGAGGGGGAUUCCCUUUCCAAAGAAUAACCUCUUCCCUCCUACCUGUCUUCCGUCCAUCAACAACAGCCAUCAGUAAAGGUAAGUGUCAUGUUGAAUGUUCACUCUUUUGUGCAUGUAAAUCUAUCUUUAAGGUAAAAAAAAAAUUUUUUUCUUAAUACUUCUGGGUGUCCGGAAUGGAUAAAUUGGAUUUACAUUAUUUCUCAUGGGGAAAAUGGUUUCCGUUCUCAACGAUCACUCUGGAACGGAUUAAACACGAAAACUGAGGGUCCACUGUACGUGCAUGUGUAGUGUCACCUACAUGCAAGUAGAAGUAGCAAGAUAUACCUGUUAUUCUGCUUGUUUAUGAGACAGAAAAAAAAGACACCAGCAAUCCUGCUAUCAUGUAAAACAACUUCAGGUUUCUGUUUCACACCCACACAUUUAGUACUUUUUUUUUAUAAAUAGUAUUAACAUUGGUCAGUUAAUUUAUGCAUGCUAAUUAAACAGAG